AUGUUUCAUAAAAAUCCAAAUACCUUUGGAACUACUGUGGGGAUAUCUGAUUCUAUCACAGCUGGGAAUUCUUACAUUAGUGAGUUUGCAAGGCUUAACAAUAGGCUUAAAACAAAUGGCUUCUCUACAAUUCCAUUUAUACCAGACUUAGUAUCCCCCUCAAGAUCUUUUGUUCCAUUUGGUAAAAUAAAUGAGACAGAUGUAAGAUCUACUGUUAUGAAUGAGGACAAAAAAUUUAUAGAUAAACAGGUAAAUGCUUCGACUUCUAUAGGGAUGCUAGCUAGCAGUAGUGUUUCACCAGAUAAGGAUACUGAAGAUCAUGAUAGGAUUGAUGAGACUCCAGAUAUGAAGAAAGGAAGAUUAUUAUCUGAUUUAUCUCUACUACACUCAGAUGAAUAUCAUACUGUUGGUUCUAUAUUACAUGAUUUACGAGUAUCUAAGAUGCAGGAAGGUGAAAGAGAUAUUGAAUCAAUUGCAACAAUUCCUGACCUAAAUAAAACUGCUAACAAUGAUUUGUAUAGUGACAAGUAUCAAUUACCUUCUAGUAAUCCUAUUUUUAUGUCUUCAAAUACUUUAUAUGAAAAAAAUAAUGUAGAAUUGACAUUUACAUCUGGUAUGGGUGUAACAUUACCUCCUCAAGCUAUAGCAGAACCACAAAGACUCUUAGUAGAUGGUAAUAAACUCAUUGAAACUAUACAUAAUAUUUUAUAUGAAUUAGAGUCUCGUACGCAAUAUACAGCUGAGGAAUUGAAUAUUGAAAGGUCUCAAAAGCAUGGGAUGUAUGAAAAAUUGCAAAGUAUGCGAAAACGCUGUGAGAUUUUAGAAAGAGAAAAUUCAAAUCUGAGAUUAUUAAAUAAACAAAAGAGUGAAGAUGAAAUUUCUAGAACAAAAAAACAAAAUAAUAAUGCAGAUAUUUUAUUGGCAAUAAAUAAAGUUGAGAGAGAAAAACAACAUCUCUUAGUUGAGAAUAAUAGACUGAAACAAGAGAUAGAAAAAUUACAUGAAGCUGAUGAUAAGGCUCGAGAUAAAGCUGAUCACUUUUUGAGAUUAUUAAGAAGCAGUUUAAUUAAUGAAACUUCAAAAGAUAUCCUUUCGAAUAUAAAUAAUUUUACACUUCCGAAUGGAACCUUAACAAAAUCUGAAAAGAAGAAAUUACUUCAAUCACACUACUUAUAUUCUAUUUUAGUUGGGAUGGAGAAAUCUAUACAAUACUGGAAAUUGAAAUCAAAAAAUCAAUCUAAUAAUGAUAAUAUAAAUCAAGAAAUUGAUUUUAGCAACUACAAUAAUAUAAACGAAGAAGAUAAUGGUGAAAGUUUUAUGAAAUCAUGGGAAUUACCACCAAGUGAUUUAAUGAAGAGGGAUAAGUUUUUAUGGUCCAAUGGUCUAUAUAUAUUACAACAUGUUGAUAGAGAAGAGUUAGAAAGUACGAUUAGAUGGUGUUGUCGUUUAUUGAAUACUUCUGACUUCCGGAAUAUACCAAUAUAUAUAGGAAAAGUUAUAUCUCAAGCUAAUAAACAAAACAAAGAUAAGGAUAAAACAUUGAAUGAAAGUACUCCUAACGUAAUUAAUUCAGAAAUAAACAACUUAGAUAUUUUUAAUAAUUCAGAAGAAAUAUAUAAUAGAUUUUAUACCCACUUUAAAACUUUAUUUGAUGUUGAAGAUGAACAAGAUAUUAUACAAGUGUCAAACUCUAUUUAUAUACAAUUAAGGGACUUAAAAUACUUAUUCAAAUUAAUUUGUUCCUUUUUUAACUUGGAUUAUAACUCAACAUCUAUUACUAAUUGCCAAAAACAUCUUAGUGAAUUCAUUUCAUCAUAUAAUACUAGAACCACUGGAUAUAUUGGAAAUAUACAACCUCAGAUUAGGAAUUCUCCUAAUAUUCCCUCUAAUGUUAUGCAUGUUAUAGAAUCUCUUAAAAUAGUUCUGGGAGUUAAUUCAAUUGAUGAUAUAUUACCUUCACUCAAAAAACACCUAGAUACUCAAUCUGCUGUGCUUUUAGCUCUAUCAAAUAAAUAA